CAACAAACAUCACCAAAAACAACAACCCGACCCCUUCGAUGGCGGUCAAAACGGCAUCGGUUCCGGCCGGUAGCGAGGCUUCCUCCUCUACAGUUGUCGAAAACGCCAAUGCCACCGAAAACACGCCAUUGCUCCAAUCCCAGGUCUCGUCUCAGGACAACGCCGAUGUUGAAGAUGGCGCGCCAAACGACGAUGAAGAGGAGCCCAAGUCCUACUCCAAGGUCCAAUUGGCCCUCAUCUGCUAUUGCCGGCUUAUGGACCCCAUCGGUUUCUUCGGCAUCUUCCCCUACAUUGCCGCCAUGGUCGAGGAGAACGGCAACCUGGAGGAAGUCGACUCCGGCAACUACACAGGCGCGAUUGAAUCGCUCUUCUCUAUUGCGCAGAUGUGCACCCUCAUGUACUGGGGCCGCAUGUCAGAUCAUAGUGGUCGCAAGCCCGUGCUCAUGAUUAGUCUUGUUGGAUCCGUCAUCUUCCCCGCCAUGUUCGGCAUGUCCAAAAGUAUCUGGCAGAUGGCCCUGACGCGAUUCCUGGCCGGCUGCUUCUCGGGAGCCAUGCUCGUCUGCCGUACAAUUAUUGGCGACUCGUUUCCGCCUAAAACACAGGCUUCGGCGUACUCUUGGUUUGCAUUUUCUGGUAACAUGGGUAUCCUGCUUGGUCCCUUGAUCGGCGGCGCGCUCGCGAAACCUGCAGAGCAGUACCCCAACGUCUUUGGCCACAUCGCCUUCUUCAAAACAUAUCCGUAUGCGCUGCCAGGCUUUGCCUUUUCUUUGAUUUGCCUUGUUGGCGCAGUAGCUUGCGCGUUCCUGCUAGAGGAGACGCUACCACGAAAAGACGCCACGCUGCCUGCGCAGGAAACAGCUGGCUCGGAUUCGGAAGACUCGCAUCAAAGCAAUGCGUCCAUGACGACGUGGGAGCUUCUCAAGUACCCUGGUGUCUCUAUUGCUGUGUGGACAUACUGCCAUGCUGCACUCCUUGGUAUCAUCUUUCCAGCGCUGCUGCCGCUGGUGCUGCACAUGUCCGUCCCUCAUGGUGGUUUAGGAUUCUCCCAGUUUGAAAUCACGCUGUACACGGCGUCGCAAGGCGCUUCGCAAGCAUUUUGGCUGCUCAUCAUUUUCCCACCACUACAGCGUCGCGUUACUACCAAGGGUGUUUUGCGUAUCUGCGCGGCCUUUUAUCCGUUCUUCUUCCCAGGUUACAUGUUGAUGAACGCCAUGCUGCGAUUUCACACGCCUUUUACAAUGGCCAUCUUUUGGGUCAUUGCGCCAAUUACGGCCCUUGUUGCCCCUGGUAUAGCCAUGGCCUUUACAGGCGUACAGCUCAGCCUCAACGAUGCAUCGCCCAGCCCGUUUGUCCUGGGUAGCCUCAAUGCGCUCACCUUGACGAUUGUCAGUGGCCUGCGGGCAGUGGGUCCUGGACUGGCCACUGUACUCUACUCGUAUGGUGCUAGAAACGAUAUCCUCUGGGGCCAAUUUGGAUGGGUUGUGAUGAUGCCGCUGGCUGCUACCUUUCCUGUCGUUGUCGCCAUGCUGCCACGAAGCCCGGCAAAGUAAGCUGAGCGUACAGCUGUGUCGCAUGCAAAGUAAAUGGUGGCGCGUUUCCAUAUUUAUAGUACAUAGAUAUCCUGUAAAUACAAGUUGCAAUUUGAUACGUCUCAUCAUCGUCGGCUAGCAUUACACCUUGCGUGUCUUCAUAUCACUACCAUGUCUCUUUUAAUCUUUCGCCAAUGAUUUGAAAUCAUUAUCAUUAUUAUAUAAAUAUUAAUUAGACGUCUUAUGGCCGACCUGGGCUCUGUGUUUUGGCACUUCUGAUCGAUGCCCU